AGGCGUCCGUUAGAAUCUGGACUGCAUUACCGUGCAACUCUUCCUCCCUCCUGGUCUCUCUGUCCUCCUCCGUGCCAACUGCUGCGCGUCUCUCCAAGUCGGAUUAUGCCAUGUAACGUUAACGGGAGACACCGAGAGACUUAUUAUCGUCGCUGUUGGAAGCUGUGACUGAACUUGCACACGAGCAAGGUCCACCGACAGAUUGAUGCACGAGCUGUCUGCUACUUUGGGUUUUGAGUCGUUGUUAACUAGCUGCGCGCGAGUUGACGUAACCUCUCCAUUUCCCUUCUCUGUCCAGCUGCUGCCUCGCGAUGCUCAACGUUUACCUUCCUGUUAUCUUAGUUUCUCUGUUGAGUGGGUUAGUAUGGGCUCAGCAACAACUUCUGUCCGGCUCCUGUAACUUCGAGCAGGGCACCUGCGGCUACACGUCCGACCCGGCCUACGCAAGAUGGGCCAGAAACGAGGAAGGGCGUUUCAUCACGGCGGAAGGCUCCGUCCUGAGCGGUCAGGGGAAGGCGGUUCUGGUGAGCCCGGUUCUGGACCAGCCGGACUGGAGCUGCCUGCGCCUGGUGUACCAGAUCACAGGGGCCGGCUCCCUGCAGCUGCACCUGCGACCUGAGGGAGACAACUUCGACUACGCCCUCUGGAGUGCCAGCAAGCCCUCUGACAGCUGGCUCAUCGCCAGCAUCGACCUGAAGAACUCCUCCACCGCCUACCAGAUCCUGAUGGAGGGUCGGCCUGCAGAGGAGCCGGGCAACAGCGUGGCCAUUUUCGAAAUCCACAUCGUCCCCGGCUACUGCCUAGAGUGUAACUUUGAGGAGCACCAUCUGUGUGGCUAUAGCAACCACUGGAACCCCAAUGUGAACUGGUACGUGGGAGGGAGUCUGGCCAGAGACCCUCAGUCCAGUCUGCCUGACGACCACACCAUGAACAACCAGAGAGGCCACUAUAUGUAUGUGGACUCGGUUUACGCCAAGCGAUUCCAGGAGGUGGCCAAGCUCACGUCUCCCAUGAGCACCACCCCCAUGGCGGGCUGCCUGUCCUUCUACUACCAGAGGGACCAGGAGAGGGGCAACAUCUUCUCCGUCUUCACCCGGGACCAGCUGGGCCACUACGAGGAGCUCUGGAGGCCCGAGGUCUACGCCACCUCCUCCUGGAGGCUGGUGACGGUGGACAUCAAGGCUCCGCACCCCCUGGAGGUGGUGUAUGAGGUCGCCUUCAACAGUGCCAGAGGAGGAUAUGUGGCCAUAGACGACAUCUCCUUCUCCCCUGAGUUCUGCCACACUGACACAGAGCCCACGUUCGACCCGUCCGUUGCCGACUGUGACUUCGAGGAGGGCCUGUGUCGGUACUACCAGGAGAGGGUGGAGGGGAAGGUGUGGACCACGGUGACUGUGAAGCCCAACGCCUACAGGAUUGGAGAUCACACCACAGGGACCGGCUCCUUCCUCCUCGCCAACACCCGUUUCACGUCGCGCCCGGGCUACGUGGGCCGCCUGCACGGGCCGUUCCUGCCGGGGGACCACAAGUACUGCCUGCGCUUCUACUACGCGCUCCACGGCUUCCUCAAGGUGGAGAACGCCCUGGUGCUGUACCUGUACGACGAGAACAACGUGGCCCUGGAGAAGGUGUGGACGCUGGCCGACAGCACCAGGGACAUGUGGAACCAGGUGGACAUCACCUACAUGAAGCCCAUGCCCACCAAGGCGGUAUUUGUCAGUAUAUGUAAAAACUUCUGGGACUGUGGGCUGGUCGCCAUCGAUGACAUCACCGUGACCAUCGGAGACUGUCGAAUCACUGAAGGGCGUAAGGGCAAGCAGCCUGGCCAUUGCGACUUUGAGACAGGGGACUGUGGCUACAGCCAGGACCGCGAGGGGGACAAGGGGGACUGGCUCCGAAUCCGAGGCCAAUCCCCCACCUCCUACACUGGGCCCCGGGGGGACCACACCACAGGGGUGGGGUACUUCAUGUACAUCGAGGCGUCCCUGAUGCGUCCGGGCCACACGGCGCGCCUGCUCUCCUCCUGGCUGCGGGGGUCCCAUGCCCCCCAAUGCCUGGUGUUCCACUACCACAUGUACGGCUCGGGCACGGGCAUACUGAGCGUGCUCCUGCGCCGCUCGGCCCGCGAGAAGGACGCCCUGCUGUGGAGGCGCCGCGGGGAGCAGAGCGUGUCCUGGAUGAGGGCCACGGUGGACUACGACUGUGACAGCAAGCACCAGAUUAUAUUUGAAGCGAUCCGAGGGCCAUCAAUAAGAAGUGACAUUGCCAUUGAUGACAUUGUGUUUAAAAAAGGACCCUGCAAAGAUCCUGUUGACUCAAUUCCAUACUCUGGAUUCUCAGAAAACUUCAACGAGAUUGACUACUAGAGGAGACAGUUUGGGUGAAUGUGUGUAACUGUGUUAGUACGUGAGGGGUAUAGGUUAACAUUGGGAAUGAAAAGUACGAACACAUCACCACGACAACACUCUGGCUUUACAUAGAGUAGAAAUAUACUAAUUUACAAACUGGUCUUACAUGUCUACAUAGUUUUGCACUGUUUGUCCUCUUUUACAAUGUUGGGUUACUUUGUGCGCUAUAAAUGUAAUAUUUGUUACUAUGAUUUUUGAAUAGCCAAAUGCUAAGACUCAUUUUUCUUGUACCACUGAGAAGAAUGAUUGCGUUUGUCAAGCUAACUUCUCAAGGAAAAGCACACCCUAUCUUCACAAUAAAAAUAUCACUUCU